AUGCAGUUAGGUGUCGUAUUAAUAUUCAGAGCAAGCUGCUAUAGCUCGUUCAGCGAGAGCGCCGACAUAUACGAACCUAGGCAAACAGUCUUAUCAAGCCGCCAGACCGUCGGCAUGACUGUGUUUUGGCGAACCGUCCUUUGGGCUGUGAUGAAGCUGCACCAGCUAAGCCCCACUACUAUCCCUCUAGGUCGGGCCCUUGUACUCGUAGACCUCCGGGAUGUUGCCGUCCUGUAUGCCCCGCCUUUUUGCUGCGCCGCCGACCCCACGCAGCCUCUAACCGGCGUACACUGGGUGCUCGAUACCGGCCCGGGUGUGCAGGAAGUUGUCAAUUCAAUGGCGGUGUCGACGGUCUGA